AGUUGGAUUGUGUAAAUGUUGCUCUACAGUAGGUCUUCCACUAGUUAUAGUGAAAAUUUGAAGAUAAUGGAUGAACUAAAAGUUUUAACUUUAAACACAUGGGGUUUACUUUACAUAUCUAAAAAUAUUGAAGAACGAAUGAAUGCUCUCGCAAACAAGUUAGCAGAAGGUAACUAUGACAUAGUUGCCUUGCAGGAGGUAUUUAGUAUUCGAAUAUAUGAAAGAAUUUGUGAGCAAGUUAAAGAUGCUCUUCCAUAUUCACAUUACUUUCACAGUGGAUUCCUAGGUUCUGGUUGUGCAACAUUUUCGAAAUACCCAAUUAUUGAUACGUACUUUCAUAAGUAUUUACACAAUGGUUAUUUUUGGGAUUUUACUCAUGGAGACUGGUAUGCCGGCAAGGGGAUAGGCUGUACAUUGAUAAAACAUCCGAAAAAAACGAUCUAUUGUUUAAAUACCCAUCUUCACGCUUCAUAUGGUGCUUCUGAUUUCACCGAAUGCCGUUCACUGCAGGCUUAUCAAAUAACACAAUUAUUACGGCAUACCACACGUCCAGAUGAUGCUGUCAUCAUCUGUGGUGAUUUUAAUCACGAACCAGACGAGUUAGGAAUUAAAGUAUUGCUGGGACUAACGGACUUAAAAGACACCUAUGCAAUUGCCAAGGAAAAGCCAGAUGAGUGCAUCACGUCGUCAAAUUUGAAUCCAUACAACGACCACAGCGACACACCAUCAAGAAUCGACUACAUAUUUGUGAACAACGAUUUUGACUGCAGUAGCUGUAGUUUAACCUUUCAGGAAAUCCCAGGAACAGAUAUGAGAUAUUCCGAUCAUGAGGGAUACACAACUACACUUCGAUUUAAACAAGAUAAAGAUGACGUUCCCGUGAAAACUGACGAGCAGUGCGAGAUUUUAUCGAAGCUUUCGCAGGUUAUAAAAACAGGGGAGAAAAUGUCAAAGAGAAUAACCUGGUCACGCUUCUUCAUGGUGUUAUUUUUCUUCGUCGUCUUCAACGCUAUUCCCGUACUACUUGGCGAAAUGUUCCCCACGUGUGGUAGUUGGAUUGGAAAGUGUUUGUUUAUCGUCCAGUUGUUUGUUAUUGUUGUUAGCGUUGUUUAUUUCGUAAUGGUUGUUGUUGUCACUCGCCAAAUACACGAGAGGGACUUCAAAAAUGUUUUUAAAGAGAUCGACCUAAGGUUGAAAGUACUUCGCGGAUUUGACAACAAGAAAUUCGAUUAACAUAAUUCUUCUUUUACUAUAGUGCGCACGCGCUCGAGCCUAGCACUAGGUGACGAAGCAACGAAAGAAGGUCGUGACUGGAACGCAGGGAAGCUGCUUUGCCGAUGGACUUUCUUAGCGAAAUUUGAAAUUUUAAAGCCACGGAAAUAAUAUCAAUUAUAUGAAGACUUCAUUUUUAAUUUAUUUAUUUAGAUGUAUUUUUUAGAUCUCGUAUGUUGUAGAAUUAACCAGACGAACAGUAAAAUCUUUGUCUUAGACAAAAUCAUGUCCUUUAAAAAAAACAUUUUCAGGUGUAUAUUACACAAAUAGUUAACAUUAAUAUACUGCUCGUCUUUUAAUCGAACAGGAAUUCCUUUGAACUACUCUGUUUCUACAAAAGGCGUCGAAGAUGGCGAAUUGAUCGCCGACGUUCUGUUUACGUAAUAUUUUAAUCGAUCUUCUCUUUGAUUGUAAAGUCAUAUGUAGGAGUGAAUAAUCGCUUUUUAGGGUUUUAUAUUAUUGCUACAGCUUUUAUAAAAUAAUUGUUUUAUUGUGAUAAAGUCGAGGAUAUGCAAUCUAAACGAUCUUCGCUAGACUCACAAAACGAAUAUUGUAUGCUUAACGGCAAUGGGACGAUGGAAGGAAGUGGGUAAUUUCUUUGAUUUUAAAACUAAUUUGUUUCACAGGAACGUUUGCUCGAGUGCUUCUUAUUUUAGCGAGUCUUCGUUGAUUUACACGGUCAGAAGUUUAUGAAAACUUGUGUGUAACAUUGUGAUAAGGUUUGCAGCAGAAUCACAAAUUGAGAAAAUUAAGAAAUGGGUAUAGUGUUUCGUUUAAUUUAUUUAAAUUCAUGUCUACUUAAUUUCUUUCUUUUUAUUGUAUAUCAUAGAAUAUGUAUUGUUUUUAGCGCCUUUUUGACUUAACAAACUAUUAAAAUAGAAAGAUUCAACUCGGGUUGAAUUAUAAAAGAUCCUUAUACACCUCAUAAAACUGACAUUGGAAGAAAUGUCUUUUUCUGUUUACAUUUAUUCAAAAGAUUUAUUCAAACGAC